AUGGAAGUGUUUGGUUCGAUAGAAAAAUCCUAUAACAAAACUAACAACGCCAAGUUCUCCAACAUGCUAAUUGCUUCUUCUUCUUCUUCUUCUUCUUCUUCUUCCUAUCACCAAUAUAAUCCUUAUAUUUACCAUGGUCCUCAAGCUUACACAGUGAAACAAGCUGUAGGUACUGGGAGCGAGACGACACAGUUUUAUGGGCAGCAGGCGGCGCCAUUAAUUUACCAAGGACCUCAAGUAAGAGACGAAUUAGUGGUUGUAAGUAGUGAUGAACCAGCUCGUAGAUACUGUGUUUGUCAGGGUCACCAUGUCUCUGCAGUCAGAGGCUCUGACUCUUUGGAUUCUAACUACACCGCUCAGUCCUGCCAUGGCCGAGUACUCAUGGAGUUCCUCCUGGUGGCCUCACCAGCCCCAUCUCCAGUCCCAGCCUCCGAAUUCGACUCGCCAGCAUUAUCUCCCGUUGCACCAGCUGAUCCUCCCGGAACAGAAUUUAUUCCUACAUUUGGAAUCUUCGACGUCACUGAGCACGGAGCAGUACCAGACGGAUGGACCGAAAGCAGCGCGGCAUUCUCAGCAGCGUGGGAUGCAGCAUGUAAUCAUACCGGCAACUCGACCUUUUACGUGCCAGAAGGCACAUAUCUAGUCGGACCAGUCACAUUUUCAGGGCCUUGCUUUAAUAACGAGUCACCUGACAUAAAAAUCGCGGGCACCUUGAUAGCACCUACGAGCCUCACUGCUUUUCCCCAUUCCAGUUGGAUUGUGUUUCAAAAUUUAAAAGAAAUCAGACUAACCGGAGCAACUAAAACACCCGGAAAACUAGAUGGCCAAGGUGCAGUCGAAGCAUGGAAUCAGAUAAGUUGUCGAAAAUCGAUGAGAUGUGACCAAUUAGUCACUUCAUUAAAAUUCAGCAAUGUUUCAAAGGGGACUAUCAGCAACAUUAGUCUGUCAAAUAGUAAGGGUUUCCACAUUGGUUUCCAUGGCAGCGACAACAUCAAUGUCCACAAUGUCAAUAUUACAGCUCCCUGGGAUAGUCCAAAUACUGAUGGUAUUCAUGUAAGCUACUCCUCGAACAUCAACAUUACUUCAUCGAGCAUCGGAGUGGGUGAUGAUUGUGUCUCCAUCGGCCCUGGCAGUGUCAACAUCUCCGUUUCCGACACUCAUUGUGGUCCAGGCCAUGGAAUCAGCGUAGGAAGUCUUGGCAAGUAUCCAAAUGAGGAAGAUGUGGUUGGAAUUAGUGUUUAUAACUGCACAAUCAGCGGCACCCAGAAUGGUGUAAGAGUGAAAUCUUGGCCUGGUGCUCCGCCAAGCCAUGCUUCGGACAUGGUGUUUGCGAAUAUCACGAUGAUCAAUGUAUCAAAUCCCAUAGUUAUAGAUCAAGACUACUGUCCUUCAAAUAGCUGCAAUCGAACCAAUCCAUCUUUUUUGGAGCUCAAAAACAUUACCUUCAGGCAAAUUAGUGGGACUUACAACACAAAGUCAGCUGUAACUUUGCUAUGCAGCAAUGAAGCAUCCUGUGAGGACAUACAAUUUGUGGAUAUAAACCUGAAAUUCACCCAACCAGAAAGUCCUCCACAAGGCCGAUUCAACGCAAAUGGUGUUAUUCACCAUUUACUAGUUAAUAACUCAAGUUUUUAA